AUGGCGGCCAUGGUUGCUGGCACUUAUGCCCAGCCAACCUGUCCGGCGGCGGCGACCACCACGGUCUUCAUCACGGUUGACUCCAACAACGACCCUAGUCCCUCGGUCGUCGUCCAGACUGUCACUGCGACCGUUCCGUUCUCUGCCCCUUCCCCUUGGUCUCCUGCCCAGUCUGGUUCUCCUGGUCUUCCGGCCACUCUCACUGUCACCAUUGACAGCUACGAUCCCCCUCCUGGAGGAUCUCAGUUCACCGGCCCCAAGCCUUGGGAGUCUUCCCCUGCUACAGGCGCUCCUGCCACUGUUGUUACUGCCACUGUCUACUCUCCUGGUUCUGGCGACCCCAAUGGUGGUUCCCCUGGUUCCCCUGGUUCUCCCGUAUCCUCUGGUAACUCCGGCCCUGGUGGUCAAGGAACCGUAACUGUUACGCUUCCUGGCCCUCCUGGCUUUCCUUGGAACCCUUCUCAGUCUGCUACCACCGACUGCCCGUUUGCCACUGGUGACCCCAAUGGCUCGGGCGGCAACACUGCGGGUGUCACUGUGAUCACCACGACGCUGUACAGGACAGACGCCAAUCCAGGUCAAGCUACACCUGCCGUCGACUCUGUUGUUGCAACCUUUACAGUCACAUUCCCACAGCCUGCCGCAACUGGGUCUGUUCCUGGCUCUGCUGCAACCGACGGUGCUGUCGAUCCUGCGUCUGGCGAGCUGUUCACUUACACCCUUACUGCACCGGCUGCCACUGGGCCUGCCGUCACCAACGCUCCUUCUGGCCCCGACAACGGCAAUGGGGGAUCUGUCACAGACUUCACUACCACCCUCUACCGGACUCGUCCUGACUCUGGUCAAGGAACGCCUGUCGUCGACACCCUUGUCACCUGCUUCACUGUCACUUUCCCUUCUGCAACCGGCACUGGACCAGUCACUGGAGUCCCUGCAGCAUCAACUCCCGCUCCUGGAAGCCCUGGCAGCGGCGGCUCUGUUGGCACCACGACUCGCUACAUUCCCACCAUGGUUCCUGGUCCAGAUGGUUCCUUGAGCUACUCCAUCCAAACUAUUGUGUCGACUUACACAAUUCCCACUCCCGGCUCUCCCUCAACAGGAGGCUCAGGUGUCACAACUGUCUAUGUUCCUGCCAGCCCUGCUGGCGCCACCACCGUGGUCGUCCCUGCCAAUCCCGCGGGCGGUUCAGCCGGAGGGCCCUCAACUGUUGUCACCACGACUCUGUACGCUUCUCAACCAACCAUUGGCAAUGGAAACCAACCUACUGAUCCUUCGGACCCGGGCAACAUUGUCGUGUUCACCUUGACAGUUCCUCAGUCUCCUGCCGGGGGUGCCUCAACUUACACCACGAUCCUUCCAAGCAUCCCGGGAGAUGAUGGUUCUGCUGGCCCAAGCUCUGUCUCAGUUUCCACUGCUACGAUUGUCCUGACGUUGCCAACGCCUCCUACAAACCCCGGAGAUACCACCCCUCCCACAAUCCCCGGCGGCUACGGUGACCCUGUACUCCCUGGUGCAUCUGGAAAUCCUUCGACUGGUGUUCCCGGCUCAGGCACUCCUGGCUCUGGCGCCCCUGGUUCUGGCACUCCUGGAUCUGGCACUCCUGGUUCUGGCACUCCAGGCUCUGGUGCUCCAGGCUCUGGCACUCCUGGCUCUGGUGCUCCUGGCUCUGGUGCUCCUGGCUCUGGUGCUCCAGGCUCUGGCACUCCUAGAUCUAGCACUCCUGGCUCAGGUGCUCCUGGCUCAGGUGCUUCUGGCUCUGGCGCUCCUGGCAUUCCAGUCACAAUCACAGUUCCCGCAGGUGGUGUCAGCCCUACGGACCCCAACGGUCUUCCUGGUGGUGGAGUUCCCAUUACGCUCACCAUCCCGGCAGGCGGCGCCUCCCCUACGGAUACAAAUGGCCUCCCCGGUGGUGGGAUCCCCAUUACACUCACGGUCCCCGCAGGCGGUGUUUACCCGACAGAUACAAAUGGCCUUCCCGGCGGCUACACUGAUCCGGCUCAGACUGGCGUCCCCCCCUUUGGUGGUCUGCCUGGACCACAGAUCACUGUCACUGUUGCUCAAGUAGCCCCCGAUGGAGGCGUCUCAACCACUGUUGCUGGCGUGCCAACUUCAGUCAUUGGUAGCUACUCUGUCCCUGUCGACCCUGCAACUGCUCCUGUCGGUUCUCAGAACUCGCCUACUGUCAUCACUCUCUGGCCCGCACCAUCGACGGUUGACAAUGCUCUUCCUGGCGCCGCAACCUCGACUUCAUGCACCAGCUCCGAGUCUACCACAUCCACGACUGUGCUAACCACCAGUUUCAUCAACGUCGUCGCCGAUGAGACCACCACGUACACGUUCCCUUACGAGUCUCUCGUCACAAAGGUCGAUACGAUUGUCGCAUCUGCCUCGGACGUAGCUGUCACUGGCGGCGCUGUCACUGGUGGCGUUGUCACUAGCGGUGCUGCUGGCUCUGCCGUUGUCUCUACCAUCAUUGGCGUUUCCACCAUUCUCGGAGUCUCUACCAUUGCUGGUGUCUCCACGGUCGGUGGCCCCGCCGUAACCGCGUCCACGGCCGAAGCUCCUGCUGUCACCGUCUCUCCUGCCGUCACUCCCGCUGUCUCUACUUGGCAGAGUGUCGUCGUUCAGAGCUCUGUUGUCCAGAUUUUCACCACCGGAGUCUUCACCUCUCUUGUUCAGCCUGGCGGGGUUCAGAGACGUUACGUCAACACAACUGCAACAUUCAGCACACCCACACUUACGCCUGUUGCGACACCCAUCUGCACCGGCACCACAGAGGUUGGCAACCAGGUCCUCGAUUUUGAUGAUGUCUCGUCUGGCCCGCUUUUCAACCCUUACCACCGGUUCUGGUUCUCCAAGGGCUUCCUUGUUGGUCCUCCUCCGCUGAUGCCCUUCCUGCCCUCCUCUGGCGGUCGUCUUGUGGAGUUUGUGCCCCCCAUUCUUUCAAACACCUCUUCAGAUGACGUCUCCGGCGACACUGCGCAGAUCGGCAUGGGAAAGCUGGCGUCUUCUCCUUGCUUCCAAUUUGACUUCUUCGGCAUGAACCUGGGUUGCCACUCCGACUCUGCGGUUCCCAGCCAGCUUUGUGUCUUUACUUUCACUGGAUACAGAUGGGAUGCGACCAACGCCACCGAGACAGAAGCUGUCAGCCAGAAGGCUUGGGUCAACGCUUGCAACCAGUCUUCGGGCUGCCCACUUACGCCUUUCUCAGCUGUCGACUUCUCCGAUCUCAGCUCCAUCCUGAUCACUCUGCAGGUCGAUGGCAAGCCUCAGGUUUGGUGGUCUGAUGACAUCCGCGUCGGCUGGAGCAACAAUGAUUGCGCGACCGCCAAUUGCCGACAGCAGUUCCAGCCCGAGAAUAUCCAGCUCCACGCAGGUCCUUUCUUCUACUGGACCAGUUCCGGGCUGAGAGUUUUGUCUUCGUCUAGAAUCAACCGGGGUUGAGUGUACAGGAACACAUGAUGAUUACAGGAAUGAUUGCAAUGAUGGUGGAUUGAGAACUGUUGUGUUGCUACACGAUUUGAUCCGAAUUUCUUGGGCGGCUCAUUGCGAGCCGGGAUGUGUGCUGAAAUGACCAUGGGAGAAAGGACCACCUAC